UUGCGCCAUCUUGAAACUGUAAUGUAGGGAGAGGCAAAGGCGAGGGAAUCUCAAAGUGGAGUUCAAAGUCGAGAGCAGGAACGCCGAGCCCGGAACAUCAUAUUUUCUUGUUGUAAAUAAGAGCGAACCCCCACCUUAAGUGAUAAGGUAGCGUGCCCGGCCUCCGGGUUUUAUUUUUGCGGACUUCCCGGCUUCAUUCCACGACACCGAUUUGGUCGGAGCUGCCCAGCCGAGCUGGGUGAGCGCUGUCACCGUCCAGGGCCCGCGUCCGCCCGGGAGUUGCUGCGAGUCCCCCACCAUGGCAGGGGCCGGUGGUGAUGUGCAGUGGUGCUUCUCUCAAGUGAAAGGAGCUGUAGAUGAUGACAUAGUCGAAGCGGACAUCAUAUCCACGGUUGAAUUCAACCACACUGGGGAGCUAUUGGCCACAGGAGACAAGGGAGGACGAGUCGUCAUCUUUCAGCAGGAGCCAGAGUGCAAGGGCCAGCCGCACUCCCGCGGGGAGUACAGUGUUUACAGCACCUUUCAGAGCCACGAGCCCGAGUUCGACUACCUGAAGAGCCUUGAAAUUGAGGAGAAGAUCAACAAGAUUCGAUGGUUGCCUCAGAAGAAUGCUGCACAGUUUCUGUUGUCCACAAACGACAAGACCAUAAAGCUUUGGAAAAUCAGUGAACGUAACAAGAGGCCAGAGGGCUACAAUCUGAAGGAGGAAAAUGGCUGUUACCGAGAUCCAAGUUCAAUCACAUCACUACGGGUACCGGUUCUGCUGCCGAUGGAGCUGAUGGUGGAGGCGAGUCCCCGCCGUGUGUUUGCGAACGCUCACACGUACCACAUCAACUCCAUCUCAGUCAACAGCGACCAUGAGACCUACCUGUCUGCGGAUGACCUUCGCAUUAACCUGUGGAAUCUGGAGAUCACCGACCGUAGCUUCAAUAUUGUGGACAUUAAGCCAGCAAACAUGGAAGAGUUGACAGAGGUGAUCACAGCAGCAGAGUUUCAUCCGAAUCAGUGCAACACGUUUGUCUACAGCAGCAGCAAGGGAACCAUCCGUCUGUGUGACAUGAGAGCGUCAGCACUGUGCGACAAUCAUGCUAAACUGUUUGAAGAACCGGACGAUCCAAACAAUCGAUCAUUCUUCUCCGAAAUCAUCUCGUCCAUCUCUGAUGUAAAGUACAGCCACAGUGGCAGGUACAUGAUGACCCGGGACUAUUUAAGCAUCAAAAUCUGGGACCUCAAUAUGGAGACACGGCCCGUAGAGACGUAUCAGGUGAAUGAAUAUCUGCGGAGUAAACUGUGCUCGCUCUAUGAAAAUGACUGCAUCUUUGACAAGUUUGAGUGCUGUUGGAAUGGCAGGGACAGUGUUGUCAUGACCGGUUCCUACAACAACUUCUUCCGGAUGUUCGACAGAGGCUACCGGCAGGACGUCACGCUGGAGGCGUCGCGGGAAAACAACAAGCCCGGGUCAGUCCUCAAACCGCGCAAAGUGAGCACUGGUGGGAAGCGCAAGAAAGAGGAGAUCAGUGUAGACAGUCUGGACUUCAGCAAGAAGAUCCUCCACACAGCCUGGCAUCCCCUGGACAACAUCAUUGCGGUGGCCACCACCAAUAAUCUGUACAUAUUCCAGGAGAAGCCCAACUAGAUUUUGAAGGAGUUAAGAAUUCAACUGAAGCCCAAGUGCUCUGAAAAAACUGCAUUGCUCUGAUCCACUUCAUAAGUUGGAGGGCAUCACUCUUGUGGCGAACAAAGUACUUCUGAGGUUCUAAUGGAAUUCAAUCAGAGUUACUGUACAAGACCUUCUCCACUCCAUGUGAUCUCUGAUCCACCACUAUAUGUAUUGCUCUGCAAAUUUAGCGUUAUUUCCUUGCCCAGUUCUGGCACGUUAAACAAUUGGCUUGCUUGUUCUACAGCUGUCGGGGGUCCUCCUCUCUCCUGAGGCCUCUCUCCUCCCCGAAAUUGAGCCUUGCCCUCACAUGGUGAUUGUUUAUGUAUAAAUUAUUUGAUGUAAAAGCACUGUUUAUUUUGUUGAUAAUAGUUUUCUAUGCUUCGCCAAGAACAUAUUCUCAUGAUCGAACUUUUCACUACUGAUAUUAAACCAAAGGAUUGCUUGCCAAAUACACGCGUGAUCAAACCCAACGCUUUUCAAUGUUCAGACUCAUUAUUCAUACGUCGGUGAUUCUGUGUUCAUGGUUAAGACUGGUUGCAUAAUAGGUGCAGUUUUGGAGUGGCUCAGUCACAUCGUAGCACAUCACAGGCUGCGACUGGUAACGUCUGCUUGUGGGUCAGCCCAUAAGUGCAUAGAAACUUUAAGGUUUAAGUAUCGAAUUGGAGGUGCGAUUAGAAUUUGGAGAAGAAAUAUGUUUCCUUUCUGGAGAGGUCAUCGCGCUGCGUGGGUCUGCAACAUGAGCUGUACAUGUUUAGAGGUAGUUAAAAUCUUUUGUUUGCUACUAUUUUUAAUGGCAAAGUAAGUUCUUGGGUGCUGUGCGGUGUUACUGCUUAGUUCUUUUUUUUUUUUUCCAGCUUUGUACAGUCGGACCAUCAAAGCGGGGGGGGGCUAAAGUAUAUAUACAGUAUAUAAAAAUAAAACUAAAUGUUCCCCAAAGUGUGUGUUACCAAAGUGCUGCGCUACAAAGUCUGCAGUGAUAUUGGCAGGGAAUCGCUUUUCUCUGUGGAUCUAUUUUUAUUAACCAACUUCAGUGCUGUACCUGUGAACAUACAGUGAUAAUCACUACAGAUGAUAUAUAUUUGUAUACAUGAAAGCAAUAGGACUGCAGCUGAAUUCUGUCAGACUGACUUGGGUACCGGAGUCUCGACCCGGAGUGUCUCUUCAGGGUGGCUGUCUUUUAUACGCGAACAUGCAAGAGUGAUGUCCAAAGAAAGAUUUCUGAAGCUUGAGUGUCAGAACAGAUGAAAUUUGCUGGGGUCUUCGUGGAUUUAGCCGUUUGUUUUGUAACGUUCCAGGCUUUGCUGGUAAAAUAUUAUUAUUAAACCUUUCACUAAUGAUGGUGACGUCGAUUGUCGAGGCAGGGUUGCUGAUUUGCAAUCGUUGUUUGACUGCUAGUUUGAUGCUCUUAUUUAAAUGGAAUUGUGAAGCACUUGCAGAUUAACCCUUUAUAACCACUUUGUAUGUGAAAAGCUCUUGAGGGAUUUAAGUCUACUGUGUAUUGUGAAUACUGUUUGACUGAUUCUGCCUUUGGAUCUGGGCAUUCAAUUGUGAUAUUUGAGGACGCAUCGCUACUUUUCGGUUGCCAGUCAUACGGGCAUGUUGACAGAAAGCUGUCAUUUCUCAGGGCUCAUGUCAUGGCAUAAGAUCUGAAUUCAUAUUGAAAAGUUCAAACUUAUCCAAACUGCAGCCUUUCUAAUAAGAACAGAAAUAAGUGAAGUCGAUGAUGAACCUUUUCCCUCCUUUUGUGGAGAGGAAAUCAUUUCAAGUAUUUGUAUUUGAAUAUGAACAGCUACAGCAUCACCAAAUCGAAUCGUUUUCUUUGAAACGCAGUUCUUCAACUGACCUGUAUAUCAGACUUCCUCUGUAAAAAUACUGAAGAACAUGUGUUGCCUUUCUCCUUGAGAAAGAAUCCUUCAUUUCUCUGGCAAGCUUUGGGAGAACCUGCUCAGGAGAACUGAACACUUUUUAAACAUCAAUAUUUUGUUGAAACUGCCUUACUUUACAAAUGUGUCAUUAAAAACAUUUUUUUUGACGAUAUUGGAAUAGAACUUCACUUUUGAAUGGUUUUCCAGUUUCUGUAAGCAUGUUAUUUAUGUUUAAAGAGAAUAAAAAUGCACUUAUUUUUGUGAAUUCCAUGUGUUUUUUUUUGUUGUUUCCAUAAUAAGCUUUGUAGUAUGUGACUUAUGAUCAGGAUACAUCUGUAGUUCUGACUAUUAGGUCUUUUUAAGGGCUGGUGAUGCUUCAUGGGAUGACUUGUCCCAGGAGAUGGCACUUCU